AUCAUCCAACGGCUACUAAUGGAACACAGAAAAUACGAACGUUGUAAAAAGAACCGUUACGUCGCGCAGUCCAACAGGCUUUUUCGAGAAACGAGCGCUGACAUAGACAAUUUAUCUACCGUUAGAUUCAUUUAACGGCUACUAAUGAAAGUCAGAAAAUACGAACGUUGUAAAAAGUUACGUCGCGCAGUCCAACGGGCUUUUUUGAGAGACGAGCGCUAACGUAGACAAAAUAUCUACCGUUAGAUCUCUAACCUAAUCAUCCAACGGCUACUAAUGGAAGUCAGAAAAUACGAACGUUGUAAGAAGAGCCGUUAGGAUCCUCUCCUUAUAAAUAGAGGCGCUCUCUUGCCUUCUUCUCUUCAUCCACAAUCUCUCACACAGAAAGAAAAAAAUCAAAUACGCAAGAAAAGUUAGAAUCUGUAGGAGAGAGAGCAAACAUGCCUGAGCAAGUAAGAGGUAUGAUGAUCUUCACUUCACCUCCUCCUUUGUUCCCCAUAGCCUAAAGAGGAAAGCCUCAGCCUCCUAUUAACCGGCCCAUCACAUAAAGAUUCCGAGCCCAGCUUGAUUUCUUAUUAACCGGCCCAUCAUCCGAAGCUUCCGAGCCCAAGCCCAGCUUGAUUUCCUUAGGUAUAAAAUUUCUUUAAUUAGUCUUUUUUUUUCCCUCCUGAUUUUUUUUUUUCAAAUGUUUUUGUUUUAGUCAAAUCCAAAAAUUAUCACUCUCUUUUAAAUGUUUUUGUUUUGGGGAGAUUGUAUAUUUACUUGAUGGACAAUGGAAGAAGCUUAUGUGUAUAUUCAUAGUGUGAAAACAGUUAGAAACUAGCGUCCUGUCCUUUGAUCGUUAGAGAGGUUAAGGUUCCAUUUGACUUUACACUUAUGAGAUCACUUUGUUAUUCCUAAUCAAAUCUUGGCACAAUAUACAGUUUCCCCUCGUGUUUUUUUUGGUUAAAAACAGUAUCAUCUUUUGUAUUUGCAUGUUUAAAAAAAAAAAAAAAUCUUCAACGUAAAUGCUUGCUUGUUUGCAAUCAUGGUGUGCAUGUUUGAUUGUUUGUUUCUUUGCUGGCGAGAUUGGAGAUGGUCAGGAGGAUUUUGAGAAGUGAAAGGUGAUUGAAGUAGGAUGUCAAUGAAGAUGGUUCGUAACUCCAUUGAUGUCACUUAAAAGGAAGUGAAAGAACAUACAUUAGAGGCAAGGAGUCAGCAAAUGGAGGCCAGAACUUGAAGAAGAGUAUGAAGAUCGUGAAGAAGUCUUACUCUCUAAUAAUCUCCAACGUCAAGUUCUUAUCUGAUUCAUUACAUUUAGGAUUGUACUCCUUGAUGACAACUUCUGUAUCAAUUUAACUCUAAAUCAAGUUGACCUUUCUACUUUGUAAAAUCAAAUUAUUUGUCGUCUUUUUUUUUUGUAAGUAUAUAUCUCUAAAUGUUGUGUGUAUUUUUAAAUCAAGUACUUUGUAAUUUUACAGUUUAAAUUAGUUGAAAUUUUACAAUUUUACUCAAAAUAAACAGAUACACAAAAUCUCAAUUGUUCAGAAAAGAAUAAAAAGAAACCACCUGAAAAACCUGAACCGAACCGAAUUUUAUGGUUGAACCGGAAACCGGUUUAAGUAAAAACAUCUUCUUCUCCGAUUCAUUUUCAAAUCGAAGCUGAAUUUUUUUUUGAUUUCUCCGAUUAAAACUCCCGACGAACAAUUCGAUCAAAGCUUCGAUUGAGCAUUCUACCUUCGUUUAAAAUUGCUCGCCGAAAGAGAGCAAUCUCAGCUCAAUUUCCCUUGAUGUUCGUCAGAAAAUUUCUGCAGAAAGCCUCCGGCGAUGGUGGUCAGAAGCCUCCUCCAUCUCCAGCUCCCCCGCCACGUGGAUGUUUGAUAAAAGAAGAGUUGGAUCCUCGUAUCGUCUCCCACUAUGGGAUACCUUCGACGGCGUCUAUUCUUGCCUUUGACUCUAUCCAAUCCCUCUUGGCUGUGGGAACACUAGAUGGAAGGAUAAAAGUGAUUGGUGGUGAUAACAUUGAGGCGGUUCUUGCUUCUCCUAAGCAGUUACCUUUCAAAAACUUAGAGUUCAUUGAGAACCAAGGCUUUCUGGUCAGCAUCUCAAACGAAAACGAUAUUCAGGUUUGGGACUUGGAUCUUAGGCAGACUGUGUCAAGCUUACACUGGGAGUCAAACAUUACUGCGUUUUCAAUCCUUCCCGGCACCGGUUACAUGUAUGUUGGUGAUGAGUAUGGUACGGUGUCUGUUGUAAAAUACAAUGCUGACGAAGGAAAAUUAGUGCAUCUUCCUUAUUAUGUUCCAACUGAUGCUUUAGCGGAAGCAGCGGGGCUUUCAUCACCUAUUGAGUAUCCUGUUGUCGGACUUCUUUCUCAGCCUUGUUCGAGGGGAACUAGGUUGUUGAUCGCAUUUUCAAAUGGAUUACUUUUUAUUUGGGAUGCAUCAGAAGAUCGCGUCGAGUUAGUUCGAGGAAACAAAGACCUACCUAUGGAGGGUAAGACAGUCGAUGUUUCUCUGGAAGCCUCACACGAUGAGCUUUCUGAUCUUAAGCUAGAUGGAAAAGAGAUAAGUUCUUUGUGUUGGGCAUCAGCUGAUGGUUCAGUUCUUGCUGUUGGUUAUGUCGAUGGAGAUAUAUUAUUUUGGGAUUUCUCUGAUGGGAAGAAUGUGAAGGUAUCUAAUAAUGCUGUUAAGUUACAGUUGUCUUCGGCGGAGAAAAGACUUCCUGUCAUUGUUAUGCAUUGGGGUUUGGAUGUAUCUCGCAAGAAUUGUGGUGGAAAACUCUUUAUCUAUGGUGGUGAUAUCGUUGGUUCUGACGAAGUACUGACGAUGUUGGCUCUGGAUUGGUCUUCUGGUAUGGGAGGUCUGAAAUGUGUUGGCCGUGUUGACCGGACCCUUAGUGGUUCAUUUGCUGAUAUGGUCUUGUCUCCAAUUGCUAGUUCAAGGCAAAGUGGGGUGUUUUUAUUUCUGCUGACGAAUCCAGGACAAUUGCAAGCGUACGAUGAUACCUCUCUGGCUUCUCUGAUGUCUCAGAAAGAGAAUAAUAUUUCUGUUUCUCCCCUGCCAUAUCCAAUGGUUGUACCAACGAUGGAUCCACGUAUCACCGUAGCAAUGUUUGCUGCAUUAAAUGUUAACGAUAAGCCGUCACUGGCUCUUUCCGAGGUAGUCUUAGCUGCAAAAUCUCGAACGCCACGUACUCCAUCUGGAGAAAGGGCGCAAUGGCCUCUAACAGGUGGUGUUCCAGGCCACAUUGAUGACUACAAGCUUGAGAGACUGUACAUUGCAGGAUAUCAAGAUGGGUCUGUGCGAAUAUGGGAUGCAACCUAUCCAUGUCUGUCUCUUAUUUAUGACUUGAAGCCAAAGGCAAAUGGUAUUGAGAUAACUGGAGUAGAUGCAUCAGUAACAGCAGUUACCUUCUGUUCUAAGACUUCUUGUUUGGCUGUUGGUAACGAAUGUGGUAUGGUUCGUCUUCUCAAGUUGGUCGGCCAUAAAAGUGGAGGAACUUUGGAAGUUGUUACCAACACUGACAAACAAGGUUUGGAACUUUUUACAACGUUGACUGUACAGAUUUGCUCUGUUGUAUCUCAUGCGUUAGGUUUAUUUCUUGUAGCUCACCGUUUGGAUCAAGAAGAUGGACCUCAAUGGUUGGCAGCGUAUUCUUUCCUGACUUCCCCAGUUUGCACCCUGCGAUUUGUACAGUCUACAAGAAGGCUUGUUGUGGGAUUUAAAUGUGGCAAGGUUGCAAUGCUUGACAUUAGUGCGCCAUCAGUAAUGUUCGUUACAGAUAGCUUAUCUGACACCGGUUUCCCAAUCAAGUCACUCUGUGUGAAAUCCCCUUCAGCUCCAACUGAUCAGGAUUCCAUAAAUUCCGAAGCUCUUGAUGAUUUUAUCUUGUGUGCGAUGACUAAAGAUGGACAGACCACUCUUAUUGAUGGAAAUACUGGGAAAAUACUCGCCUCAUGCUUGAGACCUCUGAAGAACCCAACUGCGAUUUGUAUGCACAUUAUAGAGGACUGCUAUGAUAAAACUGAAAUGCCCAGUGAAAAACCAGCUGAAAAUCCAUCUGAGAAGGAGAAACAUGAGAACAAAUCUCAUAUGACCAGUGAAAGUGAGAGUCAUUCACCAGGUGGUGAACAGACUGCUGUUACAGAAACAAAACUUGCUGACCAGAGAUUUGCGAAUUCAUUAUUUCUCAUGUGUUCUGAGGAUGCACUACGCUUGUAUUCCCUAAAAUUGUCUCAGGGAAGUUUUGAGAGCAUUAUGGAGGUAAGCGUUUCAAGGCCGUGUUGCUGGAUGGGAAUCCUAAAGAAGGAUGAAAGGGAAUGUGCUGUACUCCUACUUUACCGAACAGGGCAUAUUGAAAUAAGAUCUUUCCCGGAUCUUGAAGUUGUGGGAGAAAGCUCUUUGCCGUCACUUCUUAGGUGGAACUUUAAGCCUAACAUGGAGAAGACAGUAUGUUCAGAUGAUUUAGGCCAUCUCGUCCUGGUAAAUGGUUGUGAAGUUGCAAUCCUCUCGUUUCUGGCCCAUGCAAACGGAUUCAGAAUCCCGGAGUCUUUACCUUUGCUUCAUGACAAAGUCCUUGCAGCCGCUGCCGACGCUACCUUUAGCCAUUUCCCUGUCCAUAAGAAAGACCAGGAUGGCACUCCCAAAUUCCUAAGUGGCAUUAUUAAAGGCUUCAGGUCAAGCAGUGAACAGAAGGUGGACCACCAAAUACAAGAUUUCUCCCACCUGGGAAACAUCUUUUCUAAUCCGCCAUACUUAAAGCCUUCUGAUACCGAUCACGACGAUGAAAAGAUUGUCGAGCUAAACAUAGAUGACAUCGAGAUAGAUGAACCUCUGAGCAUCUUGCCCUUAACCGAGAAAGACAAAAAGGAAAAUAAAGAUAAGAGAACAGAUAAGGAAAGACUGUUUGACGGUGCAUCCAGUGAUGCACAACCCAAAACGAGAACAGUUGAUGAGAUAAAGGCCAAAUACAGAAAAGCAGGGGAAACCUCAGCAAUAGCUUCACAAGCAAAGGACAAACUUCUUGAGCGUGGAGAAAAACUCGAGAGGAUCAGCCAACGCACAGCUGAGCUUCAAGACGGUGCUGAGAACUUUGCAUCGAUGGCACAUGAACUUGCUAAGCAAAUGGAGAAGCGAAAAUGGUGGAACAUAUGAGAAAGCUCUGUUUCUUCCAUGUGCAUGUUUGCGUAAUCAUUUUGACAAUUGCAGGUUCUUGCGUAUAUAAACUAAUCAUCUAAUAUUUUCCACAGGGUGCAGUUUCUCUUUCAUUUUUUAAUCAAUCAAAUUUGUAAUGUAGUGACAAAACAGAGCAACCAGAUUAUAUUAAUCACUUGAUUUGAUAUGAGUGGGUGUUUUCCCUUGAGGCCCAAUCUA